AUGGAUCCAACACCGUUCAACAACGUUGUUGUUCAUCCCAAACUCGAAAACCAGAAUGCUAAUGCUGCUGCCGCAGAUUGGUUAUUCUUUGAUGACUACUAUACUAAUCUCAUGGCGACAUGGGAAGAAGAAUCGGGGUUUUGUGAAAGCUUCAAUAACAACUGUGGCGGCGGCGUAUCCAACAUUCUGGGCGACUUGGACUACGAUGUGGGAGAUUUAAACGUGUGGGACUAUGAUGACCCUUCAGCAGCAAUCUUCCAAGAAGAAGAAGAUGGAAGGUGUGGGAGUUCAGGAGGAUCCAACAACAAUGUUAAUAAUAAAGAGACGAUGAGGAUAGGAGGGGUUAAGAGGAAGAGGAAGGUGGGAGGCGGCGAAAGGUGUUGCAAGAAGCCUGCUGCGUUGGAGUUUGAUGAGAUUCAGAAAUACUUUGGUUUGCCGAUCACGAAAGCUGCCAAGGAGUUGAAAGUUGGGCUCACAGCGUUGAAGAAAAGGUGCCGGGAACUCAACAUCUCGCGCUGGCCGCAUCGUAAGAUCAAGAGCUUGACCUCCCUCAUUCACAACAUUAAGGAGUUGGGGAUGGGUAAUGAGAUUGAGAUGCUGGAAGAGCACAAGAGAAUGGUGGAGUGUAUACCAGAGAUGGAGCUGACUGAAAGAACAAAGAAAUUGCGGCAAGCUUGCUUCAAGGCUAAUUACAAGAGAAGGAAGUCGUCUCUACCCGCCCCUUCUCAUUAA